CGGAAGAAGAAGCUGUUACUGAGGCAUUCUGGGAUACUGGUGGACCCAACAACACUUCUACUGUGAUGGCGACCAACAUCGAGCAGAUUUUCAGGGAUUUUGUAAUGAAUAAGAUUAAAGAAAUCGCAGAUGAAACUGAAGAAAACAGUGUGACAGAUGAGCCGCAGCCUGAACCUGUGACGGAGACGAGAGAAGAUGGACUCGAGGAAGAAAAAAUGAACACCCCAACAGAUGAAGUCACGCACACUGACCUCCAAGACAACCACGAUAAAGAGGACACCAGCACUAAACACCGGAAGAGUAAAAAGCACAAAAAACACAAAAGCAAAAAGAAGAAAAAGAAGCGCAAAGAAGGAAAAGACAGCAGCUCAGGCACCGAGUCCGACAAAGAGACUCAAGAAAGUGGAAAGAAAAAGAAAAGAAAGAAAAAGAAAAAAAGCAAAGAUGCAGACAAAGUGAAAAGAUCUGGCUCUCGAUCCGAAAGCUCUUCAGCAUCUGGUUCUGAGUCCGAAACGAAACCUUCAAGUGAAAAUACAAAGUCCUCUUCAGCAGGUCAGACGUCAAAGUCCGAGCUCAAAGUCUCAAGUGGUGUUGGUAAGCCUCGGGAGUUGCCUGACAUUAUUCCCAAGACGGAGAAUUCGGUCCACAAAAGCACAGAAAAUGAAAGGCCCAAGGAGAAGAAAAGAAGUUCUAGCAGGACAUCUAAAAGUAAGGAGAGCUCCAGAGGAAGACGAAGCAGAUCCAGAUCCCCAAAACGACAACGGCGAUCAAAGUCAACCUCCCGCUCUAGAAAUAGCUCCAAAAAGAGGUCUCAUCAACGGAGAGAGAGAAGUAGAUCGAGGUCUAAGAGACGUAACAGUCGGUCCAGGUCUCGUUCUGUCAGAAGAGGCGAGCGUUCAAGAUCCAGGCGAACUAGAUCAAGGUCUGUUGUAAUCUUAAAGAGGAACAGAAGGUCUACAUCAAAAUCUGGGUCUCGCUCGCCAAGGCAUAGAUGCCGUUCUAGGAGUAAGUCUCGAAGCAGAACGAAACCUUCGAAGUCAAGGUCCGUUUCGAAGUCGAGGUCCGAGUUGAAACCGGAAACUGAAUCGGAUCCAGUGGACAAAACUGAAAGUUCUGAAAUGCAAACAGAUGUGUCUCAAGACACAACUGAGAAUAGAAAAAGUCCAACAGUGGCUGUGAACUCUGACACCAAGCCGUCUGAAACGGCAUCCGACAUCUCGAAUCCUGGUUUCAACGCAGUUGGCUUUAAAGGAUCUUGGCGACCAGUUCCUUUCUUGGCAGAGCUGUCCAAGUCUUCCCAAAAGUGCAUUACACCCGAGGUGCCUUUGGAAGUGACCGAUGUAUCUGAAGAACCUUCGACGUUCUCAACCGCUGCGCCAAAAGAUUCACAGUGUGCUGACAACCCUGAGACGAAAGAAUCCAAUCCAAAUCCAACUUUAACUUCAGCCGAGACUAACUCCGCAUCGCCAUCCAAAUCUCCCAGUCACAAAAUAUCCUCGAGAUCCAAACCCGGAUCAAAGUCGCCAUCGAAAAAGAGAAAAUCCAGGUCGUCUUCACGGAAGUCUCGAUCGCCCUCUGAAAGGAAAUCGCACAAGUCUCGAACGAGGAGCAAACGCUCGAAAUCGAGGUCGCCUAAGAAGAAAAGGUCGAGAUCUCGUUCGCACGGCCGUCGGAGGAAAUCUCGAACUCCGGACAGAAGCAGACGGUCGAAAUCGAGAAAGAGGUCACGCUCGUGUUCGAGGAGGAGAUCGCGAUCCGGCUCGCGCUGGAGAAGAGGUUUCGGAAGCCGGUCGCUAAACCAGCGGGACCGAUGGAAACGGGAACCCAGUCGAUCUCCGGUCCUCAUUCUCCGUAAGAAGAGAUCAGCGUCCAGAACUCAACGCAGCAGCAGCAAGACGCCUCCACGUCUUACGGAACUUGAUAAGGGGCAGCUGCUGGAAAUAGCUAAGGCUAAUGCUGCGGCUAUGUGUGCCAAGGCCGGCGUGCCGAUCCCAGAGAGUCUCAGGCCCAGAUCUAUUUUUCAGUUGCCCUUGCAAACCCCAAAUCCCACAUCCUUGUCUUUAGCAUUGCCAGUGAUGUCAAGCAUGACAAUGAACGCUGCUAUGGCUAGUAUGACUGCCGCCACCAUGACCGCUGCUUUGUCCAGCAUGGGUGCUUUGGCUUCCUUGCCACAGCUGGCCCCGUUACCGACAAUCGUCAACAAGCCGCCAUCUUCAGCCACACCCAAUCUCGCCAGUAUUGAAGAAGCCAAAAAGAAAGUAACGAAACAGGCGAACAGCUUCAGCAUUAAAGAGCUAACCGAGAGAUGCAAGAAGAUCGCAGAGAGUAAGGAAGAGAUGGCCAUCGCAAAACCACACGUGUCGGACGAUGAAGAGGAUGAAAAGCUAUCCGGAGCUUCGCUUAAGGAGAAUAAGGGCAUCGCGUUCAGUCUCGGUAGCUCCUCCAUAAAGCCGGCGGUCCGAACCGAAGCGGUCUUUGCUAAGGAGUUCCCGGUGUCCUCCGGCUCCCAGCACAGGAAGAAGGAGGCUGAUGGAGCGUAUGGAGAAUGGGUGCCGGUCGAAAAGAAAAUAGAAAAGCCAUCUGCAUCGAGUUCUUCUGGGACUGAGGAAGCCAGCAAGGACAACGAUAGCGUCUUUCCUGAAGCACCUUCUCAGCCUGUGGACAUCACUUUGGCCGUCAGUGAGAGAGCGGUCGCACAGAAGAGGCUGGCGGAAAACCCUUUCGACAUCAGUGCCAUGUGUAUGCUGAAUCGGGCUCAGGAGCAAGUCGAUGCAUGGGCCCAGUCCAACACGAUCCCCGGCCUCUUCACAGGCUCCACCGGCGCUCAAGUGCUCUCGUCCGAUGAGCUCUCUAACAGCGGCCCGCAGGCCUGGAUUAAGAAGGACCAGUUCCUGCGGGCGGCGCCGGUCUCGGGCGGGAUGGGGGAGUUACUGAUGAGGAAGAUGGGAUGGAGGUCAGGGGAGGGUUUGGGGAAGCACAGGGAAGGAACGGUGGAGCCCAUCGUCAUCGACUUCAAAACCGACCGCAAGGGCCUUGUAGCAGAAGGAGAAAAAACCCAGAAAUCUGGCAACAUUGUCGUGAUGAAGGAUCUUCUAGGGAAGCAUCCGGUGUCUGCUCUGAUGGAGAUGUGCAAUAAGAAGAAGUGGCCACAGCCUGAGUUUGUGAUGGUGCACCACAGCGGACCAGACCACCGCAAGAACUUCCUCUUCAAGGUGGUGGUGAACGGAUGUGAUUAUCAGCCUCAGACAGCCAGUCCCAAUAAGAAGCAUGCGAAGGCGAUGGCAGCGACGGUGGCUCUGCAGGCGAUGGGAGAAGUGGCUGGAGACGGCGUUUAUACGGGCCCCGUCUUCACCGCAGCCACCAGCACAUGACGCGCUCCGUUCAUUUCACUUCUCAUGUUUCCGUUACAGCAAUAUCAUCUCGAUAAGGCAUAUCUAUUAGUACUUUUGUAAUUUCUUCAACCACGUCCCCCUUGAUUGGGUAAAGCGAUGGCCUUUGCAUGACAGUGAAACCAGAAAGCAUGCACACACGUGAAUUGAUGCAUUUGACUGAACGCCAUCAUUGUUUUAAACUUGUAAAUGUUUCAUGCAUGCUGUAAAAUUAUUUUAU